GCCGCCGCUGUGACUAGUCCCCCUUCUGAAGUGCUCUGUCGGAACCCCACAAUCUCGCACUUUGUCAUGCACAGCGAGCAGGAGUGUGGUGGUGGCGAUCGGUGUCGCUGACUUAUUAGGGCAAAUCUAUGGGGAAAGAGGGGUCUCCUGAACCACUGGACAAUUCGUUUUACAGGAGGAAGCUUUGCCCUCUGAUGCAGAGAUGGCUUGUUUUCCUUUUUCUGGGCUUCGCCCUUGCCCCAUCUUCUCUUGUUGUUGUAGGAAGCAAACAUACGAGCCAAGAGAAUGUGAGUGCCGUGACUGAGGGUCCAACUCAACUUCCUAAGCCCAAAGGGGGGUUGCAGCAGGUUCCCCAGAGUGGAGACCUGAAGCACUUGCCAGGGGAGGGUGCCCGCCCACUGGCCUCUGGCCCUCACAGGGUUGGCCAAUGGGAAGGGACAACUGUGGGGUGGGGACUGCCUGCCCCCCUUGAGUACCAGGCUGCUGAGGCUGGAUCAUCUCCUCAUUUCCAUCCUGACUGCAGUUUGGCUGAUUCUACACCUGAGGAUCAAGCUUCAUCGGGGACGCAGCCAUCUCACUCCAUCUCACUCCUGGUGACUCCCUUCAUAAGCGGGCUCAGGAUGCUGUCGCUACGAGCUGUUCUACUGCUACUAGUCCUGCCCACUCACGGCCAGGACGCUGUGACAGAAGGGCCUGGAGUCCAGCUUCCCCUGCCCAAGGGGGCCUGCGCAGGUUGGCUGGCAGGCGUCCCAGGACAUCCUGGCCACAAUGGGACCCCAGGCCGUGAUGGCAGAGAUGGCACCCCUGGUGAAAAGGGUGAGAAAGGAGAUCCAGGUCUCGUAGGUCCUAAGGGUGACACUGGUGAAACCGGAGUAACUGGGGUUGAAGGUCCCCGAGGCUUUCCGGGAAUCCCGGGCAGGAAAGGAGAACCUGGAGAGAGUGCCUACGUGCACCGGUCAGCAUUCAGUGUGGGAUUGGAGAGCCGAGUCACUGUCCCCAAUGUUCCCAUUCGCUUUACCAAAAUCUUCUACAAUCUGCAAAACCACUAUGAUGGCAGCACUGGAAAAUUCCACUGCAACAUUCCCGGGCUGUACUACUUCUCCUACCACAUCACGGUCUACCUGAAGGAUGUCAAGGUCAGCCUCUACAAGAAAGACAAGGCUAUGCUCUUCACCUAUGACCAGUACCAGGAGAAGAAUGUGGACCAGGCCUCUGGCUCUGUGCUCCUCCAUCUGGAAGUGGGCGAUCAAGUCUGGCUCCAGGUGUAUGGGGAUGGGAACUCUUACGGGCUCUACGCAGAUAACGUCCAUGACUCCACCUUUACAGGCUUCCUUCUCUACCAUGACACCAACUGAUCACAGCUAACUUCGAGCUUCCACCAGAUCAAACAACCCAAAAGUGAAAGAGCAGUCCACAGGUGUUCAGUGGAGAUAAGAGAUUCAUUUUGUGAUCUAGUUGGAGGGCUCUGAACAUUAUUCAUUCAUUCACUCAUUCAUUCAUCAAGUAUCUUUUCAAAAAAUUGUAUUCUAUGUUCCCUUUCCUGAAGAAGACAUGGCCCCUGGCCUCAAGGGUCUCUUAUGUAGUAGCAAUGAAAGGUUAAUAAUAUUUCUGGGGGUGCUUCACAUAUACGGUGAGAUAGAGAACUACCAGAAGGUAUUUGACAGUGCUGUUCUGUGUCCACUGUUUUUCUUCAUGUUCAUGCCAAUCCUGGGAGGUGCACAGGAAAGAUAUUAUUCUCAUCACUUUACGCUGGGGUCCUGAGCCUGAGAGAGUUAGGUGAAUGCCUAAGCUCACACAGGUAUUAAGUGACAGAGUUCGAAGUCAAACCCAGGUCUGUAGACCUUCUGCAAGAAACCCUGCCCUUUUUUACGAGUACAUGGCCUCUUGGGACUGUUGGUAAGGGGUCUAUCACCCAGGUUAACUGAGGGCCUCUGAGUUGGUCUUCGUGGCGAGUUAAGCCUUUCCCCAGUAGAGCUCCCUCAGAGAAGGUGAUUCUAUGACUAGGUCCCAUCCCAGCUGGACCACUAAUCACUCUGUACUUCUGCUUCUCUGUGUCUUCCUCACGCUCUUCUCUCCAGCUCAGAAAGCUACCUCCAUCUCUACAUGCUGAAAUCCUCCCUGUUCCCCAAAACCACCUAGUCAGGAAGCUUCUCUGACAUGAUAGCUCUUUCCCGCAAACCUUCCUCACACACUGUGCCCCUGUGCCCCUCUACGUAUUACUCUGGAUGAGAGUCCUGGGUAUGAAAGACAUCCUUCUACCAGGCCAGGGACAACUGCCUGAAAAGGACCGCGCCCCCUUCACCUCUGAGUCCCUUUGCUGGUCCUUGAUAAAUGCCUCAUGAGGACCAAGCUCUUGAAUCUCACCUCUACCCAGAAUGAACCCCAGUUUAGUUUCUUCAUAAAACUAAUCCUUAUCUACAAAAACAUUUUCAUUUUAGGAACUCCCUGAAUUUAAGCACUUAAUCCUUGUUCCAUUGGAUAGUUUGAAUCUUUUCACAUGAGGUUUGGGAUGACUGUGCUUUCCAGAAUACUUAAAAGAAUUUUUCCUGAAGGAGCUGGCAAUGCAAAAACCACAAAGGAAUUUGGAAACCAUUCUUUCCUUGAGUACCGACAGGGUCUGGAAAGACCUGGGCCUUCUGAAUCUAUUCUUGUUCUUUAAGAAUCAAAAAAAGGAGAAGAAAAAGGAAAGAACUCUCUGAGGUGAUGGAUGUGUGAACUGGCUUGAUUGUGACUAUUUCACCAUGUUUAUCUACAGCAAAUCAUUACACUGUACAUCUAAACAGACACAAUUUUUAGCUGUCAAAUAUUUCUCCAAAAAAAUAAAGAAGUAUAGGAGGUUGAUGGUGGUAAAUAUCCUCCCAGCAGGCAAUAGCUUGAGUAACGCUUUUCAAAGUUUUUAGCAAAAGCUGAGUUACUAGCAUUCUAUAUAAACAGAAAUGGGAAGCUUUUUUCUUUUGCUCUCAGGUUUAAAUUCUGAAUGAUUCCCUUCUGUGUGUGUAUUGCUCAUCAUUAAGUGACUAUUAUUUCUACAUACCAAGCUUCGUCUUUUAAAGUAUUUGUACUUCAUCAUUUUCUACAAGUAAAGAUACUAUUCAGCAUUAAAAGGAGAACCACUUGAA